CCCUGUGUGCACACGACACCGCGCAACUAUGAAGAUGGAGAGAGUUUGUUAAAUAGUCCCUUAUGCUCGAGUCCCAUUACUUCACUCAAACUAGUAAAGUAAUUGUCGUCGAACAUCAGUUUUAGUCGUAAUUUCGCGGAAUCAAAGUCCAUCUUUGUUCAGAAAAUGAACAUGAAUCAUCAUUUUCUUUCACUCAUUUUCCUGCUGUGUUUAGUGGUAUCUGAGAACGGUGUGUCUGGUGUUGAUAAAGAUGAAGUGUUUGUGAGCAGGGGAGAUUCCGUCACUCUACAGACUGGCGUUGAAACAAACCAACAAGACAGAUUUAUGUGGUUUUAUGAAGGCAUUCGCAUAGCCGAACUCAGAGGAGAUCUCAGUUAUAUCUGUACUGAUGUUCAGUGUGAUGAAGAUGCUGAGAGAUUCAGAGGCAGACUGAAGCUGGACAAUCAAACUGGAUCUCUGACCAUCGUAAACACCAUAUUUACAGAUAGAGGAGAAUAUCAGAUGAAGAUUAACAGCACCAGCGGCAGCAGCAGAGAAAAGAUCUUCUACGUUUUUUCUAAUGCGAUGGCACCUCGCUGGGCCCGACCUGAAAAGAUGAGAAGAAAGCCUUAUGUUGUGCUAGUCAGCAAAAUGGUGAAAUUCCAAUGUCAAGCUGAAGGAAACCCAACUCCCAAACUACGCUGGCUGAAGAAUGGAAAAGAGUUCAACAGAGACCAACGCAUCGGCGGCUACACGCUGCGGGAAAACAUGUGGGCCAUAGUCAUGGAGUCGUUGGUGCCCUCAGACAAUGGCAACUACACGUGCCUGGUGGAGAACGAAUUCGGGAGCAUCAACCACACCUAUCAGCUGCACGUAGUGGAAUCAUUGCCUCAGAGACCCAUCAUGUACCCUGGACUCCCUGCAAACCGAACAGCCGUGGUCGGCAGUGAUGUAGAGUUUGUGUGCAAAUUAAUAAGCGAUUCUCAACCUCACAUCCAAUGGAUCAAACACAUUUGGGUAAACGGAAGCCAAGAAGGACCUGACGGAAUCCCUUACGUGCGCGUACUAAAGGCGGCUGGCCUCAACACCACCGACAAGGAGAUGGAAGUGCUCCAGUUGAGGAACGUGUCCUUUGAGGAUGCUGGGGAGUAUACUUGCUUGGUGGGCAAUUCUGUCGGGAUCUCCUAUCAAUCUGCAUGGUUGACCGUUGUCAAAGGCAUUGAUAAACAAGCGAGAGUCAUUGAUCACAAGGGCACACCUACUGGCCACUCAAGCUCCCCACAUACAGUCUCAGAUGAAGAGUCAGUGUCAGUGAAGGAGGGAGAUUCAUUCACUCUACACACCAGUGUUAAAACAAACCAACAAGAUGAUGUUAAAUGGCAUUUUAACAACAUUCUCAUUGCUGAAAUCACUGGAGAUCAGAGUAAAAUCUGUGAAGAUGAUCAGUGUAAAGAGAGAUUCAGAAACAGACUGAGUCUGGAUCAUCAGACCGGAUCUCUGACCAUCAUGAACAGCACAACCACAGACUCUGGAGACUUCCAGCUGAUAAUCCGCAACACCAGGAAGCGUUUCGAUGUUUCAGUCACAAAACCAGGUCUUCCUCCAGCUGUUAUAGCAGGAAUAUGUACUCUUAUUCUGUAUGUUGCAGCAGUUGCUGCUGUGAUUUUACUAUUUAAAACCCCAAGCAAUAAGAAAAGACAUCAGACGGAGGAUUGAGCACAGUGAUAACAGUUCACCCACCGGCCCAAACAGAGUCCAGUGAUGUGGAUGAAGGUAUUCUGCAUGUCAAUCAGGAUGACGACUCAUCCUCUACUCAUACAGAAAUGAACGCUAACUAUAGGAUGUCCAAUGACCAACCGAUGAACACUAGAAGUGAGGCGUCCUAUAAUCAGACUGAGACAUAUUGAUGGACACUAAACAUGGGACGUCACAUAAUCAGUGUAAGGUUGUUACUUUUAGACUUUCAAGUGAAACAUGAAUCUCAGGGCCUGAAACAGUAGUAACCUAGAUUGCAUGUUUAAAUAAAUGUUUUUUUUUGUUUCAUUCUAAAUCAUGAGAUGAAUAUGAAUACAUUCCAGACAUCCACUUAAUAUCCAUCGGAGACAGGUGAGCAAACGCUCUAAAAUGUGUGUUCCAGAAGUAAAUACACUCA